AUGAAUUCCGCGGUAGCGUAUCGGCUCAUGGCACAUUAUGGCAUCCUUGACCCUGUGGGCGCAAUCACUGGCAGGCCUUGUGUGCCUGAAUUGGACUUUAGUGGAAUUGUCUGUGAUUUACGAGGCGCAAAUGUAACCGAGUUUAAGACAGGUUCUACGGUAUGGUCGGCCACUAAAAGACUCUUACAAUUGUUGAGCGCGAUGGUUAUACCUGUAUACCUGGGGGGCGUACCUCGCAGACACGUAUUCGAGCCUCUCAAAAUGGUCCCGUCGCGAAUGAUUGCUUUGGCGCAGUUAAUUGAAGAAGAAGCCAUCAAAGCUGUAAUUGACUCUACGUACAAGUUUACAGACGUGCUCGAUGCCUAUGAUAGGAUGAUGUCUCGUAAAGUAACGGGAAAAGUGGUUAUUGAAGUUAAUGCUCUCGAGUGA